AUACCUCGAUUAGAAUAUACUAGAUUUUAACAUUGAACGUUGCAUCGAUACAGAAUAAGCUUCAUAAAACAAUUGACUGGAACACUGAUUUACCCGUCCUUUCAGCCUKCUAGAGAUCACUGCAUUGUGGAAGGAACUAAAUUAACAUCACAAGAUUGUCAGUGUAGGAUAAUAAGCCAAGGACAGCCAUGGUUCAUCGCGAUCAACGCAUACGAGACCGCUUUCUUCUGUGUUUAAUGGUUGGAUCUAUAUCAUUUGGUUUUAAGUCUUUAGGGGAACCUUGUAAUAGCCCUAUUGGCAUAGAAAAUGGUCUUAUCAACGAUUCACAAAUGGUGUCAAUGAAUAUCUACGAUAAUGACCCGGAAUUGUAUGGUGCACAUCUGGGAAGGCUUCAUUCUAAGACUGGUUAUAGGGCAAACCAACCCAGCACGGCUUGGAUUACAGUAGAUUUUGGACGGCAAAUCGUUCUUACUGAAAUAAGUACUCAAGGUUACGGGGAUCCACGAGUGUCUGAAUGGGUGACGAUGUUUAAGUUAUUCUAUGCUUUGCAAAGUAAUAAUACAGACUUCAAGCCAUUAAGAGACUCAACAGGACAAGAAAUGAUAUUCAUUGCAAACAAGGACAGAAGCUCAGUAAGACAAAAUAAAGUUCCUCUUCCAGUCAUAGCUUCGAAGAUUAUGUUGAUUCCGUUAAGCUGGCACGGCAAUGUUGGACUGCGAAUGGAAGUUUACGGCUGUGAGCCAGGUUAUUCCUUCAAUGUAUGGUUGAUGUUGACCAGAAAACCUUUUCACGUUGAAUAUUUUACCAACACAAGCGAAACAUAUAUCAACAACGCAUAUGACAUCAUGUCAGAGGUAUCAGCGCAAAUGGAGCUGACGUACGGAUUUCUUUAUGCGACUCUAAUUCGAUUCAGUCCUCACAUUCAUCCACAAACAAUGCAAACCGACGUCGUAGCAGAGAUCAAAAUAAACUGUUUACCACAAAAAGAAGAGUUACUKGCAGGGAAACUGGACAUGAUUCGCAAAAACACGCCGAAUAAGAUAGAUUCUUCUUUCUUUGAGCUACAAUAUACGGAUAAAUGUGACUGUCCUCCACCUAAAGUUCACAUCAAGGGGCUUUCCAAACGUGUYGAAGAAGCAACGAAAGUGUACAGAAAUAGUCCAAGGCUAUUUUAUAMKAUCCAUAGCGAGUUUCCAGGGAAAUGUGACACGAAAAUUAAACUUGUUUCUUGGGAAGUAACUUUCAUAACUAAGAAAGUGCAGACAUUUCAUCCCAUGAUYACCUCAGAGAAAAUAACUGUGGAGAAUUCAUCGUCUCACAACGUUUUYCUCAGGAAYGAUGCCCAGUUAGUGUACGUACGAUGCAAGGUGUUCAUGAUACGUUCUCAAGGAGCCAUUGGCUACGAUUAUGGAUUUUUGGAAAUCGUGACACCASAWCUAGUGGCGAAAAUCUCAGGAAAGAAAACAGUUCGAAAAAAUGAUGACAUUGUUCUUGAUGGCUCAGGGUCGUUUGAUCCGAUUUUUCGACGCUAUGGACAUCGCUUUCUACGAUUCCAUUGGUCAUGUAAAAGUAAACACAACAAGAUUCUGGAAGAAAAUAUAAUUGAAAUACUUCAGGAUUGCAAUCAAUACAUUUCUAAACGUGACAGAAAAAGAACAAAAUUACGAGUUAAAAGUAAUCAUCUUGCUGCCGGUGAUUACAUUUUUAGUCUGACAGUUUCAAAGAAAGAUCGUCGAACAACUGCAAAGUUUGAAUUAACCGUUGUGCCAGCUACCGUCCUUACAAUAAGAUGUCCACUUUGUUCAAGAAGAAUUUCCACCAACACAACCAUAACYUUUAACGUCACUUGCCAAGGCAACGAUUGCCAUAGUAACYACACGUACAAGUGGAUUGUAUAUAGACAAAGUUUUUCAGAAACCUGGGUAAAAGUCAAGAACAUGUCGACAUCGGUUACUAAAGAUGGAGUAGAGUUCUCGAUCUUAUCCCCAGCACAACUCAUUAUCACUAGCAACAAUGGAAACGAUCAUUUYAAAGCAGAAGUGAUUCGAGAAGGGGACCACGGCACCACAAAGGAGAGCAUACCAUUYAUAAUUAACGGAGGACCCCGGUUGUUAAAUAAAACGGGCGGAUGUUACAUCUCUCCGUCGUCAGGUAUUGGAGUAUCGACUAUUUUCCAUAUAUGGUGUAAAGGCUGGCAUGACGAGGACUUGCCUCUAUUAUAUCAAUUCAUUUAUCACGAGAAUUACGGUACUGUUAUAUUUCAUUCUGGGUAUCAAUGCACCAAAAACACAACACUACCUCCUGGAAGAGAAGACAGCGAUUUCAACCUUAAGUUACAAGUCAGUAUAAGAGAUGCAAUCGGAAGCGAAACCAUGCUGGAUUUAAUUGCAAAGGUAAGACCGUCCUACGAUCUCCAUGAAUUCAACAAAAGAUACAAGAAUUUCACGUUAACCGCAUCGAAGCUUGUGAAAAAAGGUUGGGUUGACCAGACAGCAGAAAACGCAUUAUCUCUUAUACAAACAGCUGAAAAGGUUCUGCCCAAAGAGACGGAUCAAGUACAGCUGAAGGAUACGGUCUUAACAAGCAUUCAGGACAUCAAGCUUAAUACAAUAUCUCAAAUUACAAAGGUUGUUGCAAUUGUAGCAUUGGCUACAAAUCGAAGCCAGAACCUUGGACACCGGGUGCGAGAAGAGUCUUUAAACCUUCUUCAAAAAUCUAUGAAGACAAUGAGUGCGCUACAAGAAGCAGCGARAUUUGGUGAAUUAGAAAUUGCCAAAAACAUCACUACCACCUUAAUGAUGGGAAUAGAAAGAGUAAUCUUGUCAUCAAUUGUUGAACAAGAUCAAUAUUCAAAGAAUGAUACCAAGGCAGCCUURCAAAUARCAGAACGRGUUGCAGAUACUCUCUUGGCAUUAAAGCGAGUAGGAGAUCCUCCCUCAGUUAUAAAAACAAGAAGCAUCGACAUCAUGGUAUAUCGUGCCAAACCCGAAGAYGUCGGAGGAAAGGACAUCUCUGAAGGAAACGCAGGAGUAAAAUUGCCUUCAAAGGAUGUACUUUUUGGAAAAAACAGCAAUGUGCCAUUCGUCGACUUCCAGAUGAUAAAACAUGUCAACAACCCGUACACAUGGGAUUCAAAGUCCUCAUAUAUUCGUUCAGGCGUUAUAGACGUUACAUUAAAACAAAAAUCUAAAAAGAUGGAAAUAUCAAAUCUUGAAAAUCCUGUCAGUCUUUCCAUACCAAAGGAUACGAUAGAUUUCACMCCAACCAAAAAGCCUGAGGAUAAUUUCUUCAUAAAACCAUCMAACGGUUCAACCAACUUUCGAUACCAUCCCUUYAMCAUUGAGUCUGAUUCACAUACAGUUAUGUUUGAAGUCAUUCCUGAAGAAGGGCAAUCACUUGAAGUCUUUGUUCGAGCAGUUGAUAGACCAACAGAUACAAAAUUCAACUAUACAACAAAAGUUCCUGAGGUCUCWUCUUGCAGCAACUCAAGCAUUGACAACAACUGCUUCUACACUAAUUACAARAUCGAAAUCACAAGUAAACUAACUGGCAUGACUGGGCUUCAUUACCUAGGGCUUCGAUUCCUUGAGGAUGGUAGCAAUACAGACAAUGAGAUUCGAGUUCGYAAGCGAAGAGAUUGUACAAGUUCUGGUGGAAGACAAAAAAGGUCGUGUGUUGGAGUAAAAGAUCCUCCUACAACACCUCCUCCAACUCCAGUCACUGUAAUUCCUGUAUAUAACCCAUUGACUGAUGUAAAUUAUACGCUUACUUCGACUGUCUCCUUUUGUGGUUAUUGGAAYGAAGAGGAAGAACAAUGGACGUCCAUGGGCUGCAAGGUUGAUCAGAAUAACAUUGGAAAACAAAUUGCUUGCCUUUGCAAUCAUUUGUCUGCGUUUGGAGGUGACUUCUUUGUUGCWCCAAAUCCUAUCGACUUUGACAAAGUUUUCYUGGAAUUUGGUCGCCUGGGAGAAACGGGAAACUACGUUGUUCUAUCCACUGUAUGCUUGCUGUGGGCUUUGUAUCUUAUUGGACUUGUAAUAGCAAGGAAAGCAGAUAAACACGACAAGAAUAAGAUUAUACUUCAAGUGAUCUCUUCUGAAGACGAAAGUGCUUACUGCUACAAGAUAUCAAUCGAAACUGGAAUGUGGUAUGGAAAUGGUACYACCGCUGAUGUCACYAUUGAACUUUWUGGUACUGAAGGUUGUUCAGGACCUUUAUAUCUCAAUAAUCCAAACUCUGAAAAACGAUUUUUCUCUCGAAGUAGCAUUAACAUAUUUUAUGUUUCUUUACCUGAUUCACUUGGCGACCUGAAUAAAAUAAAAGUCCAACAUAACAACGGAGGAUCAAGUCCAUCUUGGUAUCUUAAGGAUGUCUUCGUAGUUGAUAUCCAAUCAGGCUCUAAAUCACACUUCGUGGCAGACCGAUGGAUAGCUGUACAUAGAAAUGAUGGAAAACUCGAGUGCAUUCUACAGGAAACGGAAGAAAACGGAAAAAUUCCCUUYAAGAGUGCGYUUCGUUCUAGAAUGUCCAAAAAACUGGGAGAAUCUCAUUUAUGGGUUUCCCUGUUUAGYCGGCCUCCCCAGAAUCCUUUUACACGCUGCCAACGCCUAUCCUGUUGUAUUUCAGUGUUGUUUGCGGCWAUGGUCACUAGUGCAAUGUUUUAUAGAUUUGGAAUUGAAUCCAAAGACACAAUACACAUUGGAAGCUUUAAAAUCAGCUGGACAGAAAUAAAGAUCGGAAUUCAAAGUGCACUCAUUGCAUUUCCCGUGAAUAUACUAAUYGUUACGAUGUUCAAAAAUAUAAAACAACCACAAACUCAAUCAGAUCUUGACAUUGAACAAGAUGUAAAGACACCYGGAUUUCUUCCCAGCUUCUUCAUCUACAUAACCUGGGUUUUGUGCAUAGCCGUGGCGCUUGUUUCAUCCACAUUUGUAGURUUCUAYAGUCUCACAUGGGGCGCUUCUACUUCMAACCAGUGGCUUAAGUCUAUCAUGAUAUCAUUYUUUCAAGAUUCUCUUGUCAUUCAACCCAUUAAAAUCAUUGGUAUUGCUUUCUUGCUUUCAAUGAUCUUCAGACGGGCAGAUGACCACGAGGCCGUCCUGGAUAUACCAACCGUCAAUACUAACUCACAAUCUCCAUUGUCAUACGAUUCUCCUUCUCCUGACGAGAUUGAAAAAAGCCGUAGUAUCAAGUCAAGGGGUGUCAGGUUAUCAAUUGCAUUGAUUGAGAUGGCUUUGUUUUUCGUAUUUGUGCUUCUUCUWACUCUUGUAGUAUAUGGAAAUAGAGGAGUUGCAAGAUUUUCAAUAACCAGUCAUCUUGAAGAAACUUUUUCUCAUUUCCAAAAUAUAAAAAAUCAAUCUAUGUUUUGGUCUUGGACAAAAGUGGAUUUCCUCCAAUCAGUAUACAAUGUCACGUGGUAUAAUAAGCAACCCUUUAGAGGCCCUGAAGGUUAYAUUAGCAGCAGAUCAAUGUUUCUGGUUGGGAUGCCAAGAAUAAGGCAAAUACGAGUGAAGCCAGACUACAACUGCUUAGCAAUACUGAACAUGGUCCAAAUGCUUCACCUGGAAAGGUGCUUCCAUUAUUCUGCGGAGAACGAAGAAACAUCUGAAUACAAUUGGAUGGACUGGACACCAAUGUCAAAUGUAACAAUCUUCAAAUCCGAGUUCGAACUAAGAAAAGUCUGUCCCAUUCCCUGGCGCUACAAAACCGCACAAGAACUUCAAACGCUGCCGAUAGCAGGGCAGUAUAAGUACUAUUAUGGUGGAGGAUACGUUGCUGAUUUGGGAUAUAAUCUUAAGACAGCCAAGGGUGUUAUAUCAACUCUUGAAAACAACAACUGGCUAGAUUCACUAACCGCUGCGGUAUUGACAGAGUUCACCGUGUUCCAGCCAAGCAGUCAGCUAUUUUCCGUUGUUAAACUCUUAUACGAAAGACUGCCUACAGGGGGUGUGAAUAUAGUUCCUAGCGUACAAACAAUUCCGGUCUAUUUUCGAAAUACAGGAUCGAAUAUUGCAAAUAUAUGCCAGCCACUUUUUAUGCUUGUUGUUUUGUUGUUGUUCAAUCUUGAGUUGGUAAGACUGUUCUUUCAAAAGUGCUCUUAUCUCAAAGACUUCUGGAACUGGCUUACUUUAUGUCAAUGUUUUGGUUCUAUGGCGAUUGUUGUGAUCUUCUUCUGUAAACAGAAGUUUGCUUCGGCCUAUGUUAAGAAAGUCCACGAAAAUCCAUACCAGACAACAAGCUGUGACCUACUUAUACUGUGGACAGACAUAGAGAUGUACACUAUUUCAUUUGUCAUGUUUGUAACGACUAUCAAAUGUCUCAGACUAUUUCGUUUUGUGCCACAAAUCUGUCAGAUGACAAGCACCCUAAAAGCAUCAGGGAAAUUUCUGUGCUCACAUGUGAGUUCAUUUGUCAUCGUUAUUUUGGCGUUUACAGAACUUGCGAGUACCGUUUUUGGUUCGGUUAUGCCCACUUACGCAACAUUCAUUGGUACCGUGAGCUCAUUGCUGCAACAGCUUGUCGGUGGGCGCUUCUACUUCACUUCAGUGCGUUCUAUAGAUCCAGUCCUUGGUCCAAUAUUUACAUUUUCAUAUAUUUUUAUAUCAACUGUGUUCCUUGUUAACAUGUUCAUUGCCAUAUUAAACGAAACCUACGCUACCAUACGMUAUGAACAUGCAAAYGAAAACUUCCAGGAUGCCGAACUUGGAGAAUUUCUCAUCUCGGUGCUCAAGCAACUCAAUAAAGAAUCAAGAGCCAAACUUUGGAAAAACAUUAAAAAUYUGGCUUUUGGAAGAAAAGGAAAAUAUGAAGUCCAAGCAAUAGCAGAGAAAUCAAAACAUUSUAAGAAGCUGUCCAAAUUUAGAAAAUUCGGUUUUCCGAGGAUGAAAUUGUUUAAAAGUCAAAGCGGGUCUUAUAACUUUCGAAUGAUUGAUCAAGGUGAUGGAUACUCCUAUCAAGUCAUACCACAAGAGAUAUUAAUGGAUCCAGAUCUCUCAGAUAACAUAAUGGGAAUUUCUUACAAGCCCUUUACAGUGCAUGACAUAAUUCAAUACGACAAUGAAGUGACAAAGACUAGCACUUUUGGCCCAAAACUUGCUACAUUUGACUCUGAAAGAAGCCUUAAUYUAGCUAGUACCAUGGAUAUGACUUUCAGCACUGAAWAKCAGCUGAAAAAGAYAGAUAUGGAGAUUGAUUUUGUUAAGAAAAGCUUUCAAGACAUUCGACAAGAGCUUUUGUCUAUGUCAACUGUAACAUUAACAUCAAAUAAUGACAGCGCCUACGACAAUGGUUCACCCUACUGGGAUGAAUUAAGUGAUGUGGAGAGCGAGCCCAGUAUCAAGUUCAUCUAUCAUCUUUAAAAUGAUAAAUUCAUACAACAAUGGCAAUAUAAUACAAUACGGACAAUAAUCAUAUGGAUAGGGGAAUAAUCUAUGAGUUAAAUGGUUUAUAUAGUGAUAAUAUGAAAGCAUAUUAUCUGAAUAUAGAGACAAUUGCAUGAUAUAUUAAGGGAUAACCUUGCGCAUA